CGGGUGCGUGCGUGCAGGCAAAAAUCACUACUCACCGCGCCAGACCGACGCACUCUCCGAACUCCCACACAUUUGGGCUCGUUACAGUUUGGAUUGAGACCACUUUGUACGAAACAUUUGGGUGACAUCGAUCCGGCCCCGAAAGGCUCGUCACCUCCAGCGCUUUGACACGUUUUAGCGUGCCUCUAGCCGCGUUCGCGAGGCGUUCGCUUGACGUCACUUCCGCCAUUUGAAAUCCCCGGCCCAAAAACAACGCAAAGUUUACCAAAGCGCCAUGGAGCUCCAAGUUGGUUAGCUUCAAGGAGACAUUAUGCAGUUUUUUCACAAUUUGAAAGAGUUCCCAGGCGUCUUAGUAACAUCUCUCUGGGACGCUUUCAUCAAAGUACCCCAAGGAUCAAGAAUCGCAGACAUAGUUUCGCAGCACAGAAGCUCUAUCAUGUCAAAGCCACAAGUGGGAUCGGAACCCAUGGCACUGGGCUCCCCGACCUCGCCCAAGUCCACCCACGGCGCUCAGUUUCUGCCGGGCUUCCUGAUGGGCGACCUGCCUGCACCCGCCACUCCCCAGCCGCGCCCUUUCAGCAUGACCGCGCCCCUUCUGGAGAGCUCCAUCCUCAAAGGAGGCCCAGGAGGGUCCAGCCCGCAGCCGGUGGUCCCCACCCCCAAGGACAAGAGUGGCGCCCCGCCCGUGCGCAGCAUCCAUGACGGGCCGGUUACCGUCACAACGCCCCUCAGCGUACACAGACAGUCUUUCCCCAGCAUGCAGUCUCCGGUGUCGGCACGCCAGGCGUCCACUUCAGGCGUGCAGCAGCUGUGCCUGUCCCCCGCUCAGGUGGACCCUUUCUACAGUCAGGGAGAAGCUCUGUCCUCCGAGGACCUUCUGGACCAGACCUGGGUCACCGUCUUUGGCUUCCCGCCAGCGUCGGCUUCCUACAUCCUGCUGCAGUUUGCUCAGUAUGGAAACAUCCUCAAACACACUAUGGCGUCUCCCGGCAACUGGAUGCAUCUUCAGUAUCAGUCCAGACUUCAGGCUCGUAAAGCGUUGUCCAAAGAUGGCAAAGUCUUCGGAGACGCCAUCAUGGUGGGCGUCAAACCCUGCAUAGACAAGAGUGUGAUGGAAAGCGGCGAGGUGGCCGCUUCGCCUCUGGCGAGCUCCGCCCUCCCCUGCACGCCUCGUUCGGCCAUCAGACCGCUUAGCGCCACCUACAGGAACUCGGCCAGUGACUACCAGGUGGUGACCGACAGACACACACCCAGGAAGGACGACAGCUUCGUCUCCAAGGCCAUGGAGUACAUGUUUGGAUGGUGAAAUCACUGGUCACCUGCUGCUGACUGGAUAAGGAGUGUGUGUGUGUGUGUGUGUGUGUGUGUGUGUGUGUGUGUGUGUGUGUGUGUGAGAGAGAGACCUUGCCUCUUGGCCAGUCUCACUUGUUUUUUUUUAUAUGUGUCAAUAAAGUUUGUACAUAAGAUGA